AUGAAGCGAAAGAUAGAGGAUAUUUCCGGAGGCUACCAUAUCAGGGCAAUGUCCACCAUUCAGCUCAAUGAGCGCGAGAAGCAGCUCAAAGGUCUUCUUCUCGACGUUGCCUCCUACAUCAACAAGGCACCUGAUCGCAAAGAUGCCGAGCCGCUCAUCUUGAGAUGGGCUGGCGGCUGGGUCCGGGACAAGGUCCUGGGUAUUGAGAGCCAUGACAUCGACACGGCGAUCAACUCCAUGACUGGGUUUCCCUUCGCCACAAAAAUGCGCGAGUUUUGUGAAGAUGCGGCCAAUGUCGAGAAACACAGCAUUCGGCCCGAGGACGUUGGAAACCUCUACAAGGUGGCUGCCAACCCGGACAAGUCAAAGCAUCUGGAAACGGCUACGGUCAGGAUGUUCGGCGUCGAAGUGGACUUUGUCAACCUACGAAAGGAGACUUAUACGGAGGAUAGCCGCAACCCCCAGAUCGAGUUCGGCACAGCCGAGGAAGAUGCUCUUCGUCGAGAUGCUACUGUGAAUGCACUGUUCUACAACCUGCAUACCGACGAGAUCGAGGAUUUCACGGGCGGGAUGAAGGACAUGAAGAGGAAGGUCAUCCGGACGCCACUCGAGCCCUUGCAGACUUUCACAGACGAUCCCUUGCGCGUCCUAAGACUGGUGCGGUUUGCCAGCCGGCUGGAGUUCACCAUUGAUCCGGCAUCUGAGCGAGCGAUGGAGGACCAGCGGGUGCUGGAUGCACUGAAGCUCAAGAUCAGUCGCGAGAGAGUGGGUAUCGAGGUCGAGAAGAUGCUAAAAGGAAACCAUCCCUGCGAAUCCUUGCGGUUCAUAGACAGGCUCCAUCUCUACAACACCAUCUUCACAGAUCCGUCCAAGGCCGAUAUGGCCCGGCCUGACACCCUCAAAUGGCAGGCGGCAUAUGAGUGCCUGCAGUACCUAGAGGAUGAUAGGUCUUCCGCAUCGAUCUACAGCACCCUUGUGAGCACCGAAGAGGGUAGCUACUGCGCAUGGGUGCUGGCAGCCUUGACCCCGUGGGAGUCAGUCCCUGACCCUGCACCACCUGCGAGGGGCAAGACCCCGCCGCCACCGAUAACCUUGGCCGCAAGAGAGGGAAUCAAGGCGCCCAACCGCCUAUGCGACCUUGUGACAGCCGCACACCGCCAUAGGCCAGAGAUUAUGGGUCUCAAGCAGGCGGUUUACGAGCAAAAGAAGGACUUUACCAACGAGCGGGAUCGCCUCGGCAUGCCGAUCCGGCGUUGGGAGGAUCGGGGUGUGGACUGGAAAUUGCAAGUCCUCUACGCUAUCCUCACCGAGGUCAUGGCGUCUGAGAGCCAGGUAGCUCGUGAUGAGAUCCUGGCUAGCUGGGAAGAGUUCUUGAAGCAUAUACGAGCGCUCGACCUCAUGGAAGCGCCCUCGAUCAAACGGCUCAUCGAUGGGCAUCAGCUGGGAAGUGCUCUCGGUAUCAAACCAGGCAAAUGGAUGGCGCCAGCCCUGGACGUGUGCAUGGCCUGGCAGCUCCGCCACCCGGGCGAAACCGACAUGUCGGGCGCGGUGGAGGAGGUGCGGAGUCGGAGAGAGGAACUUGGUAUCGCCGGGCUGCUCAAGUGA